AAAAAAGACAAUGAAGAGCUCAAAAGGCGAGUCUGCAUUCUACGCGCCGAUUCCGGCGAACCCGGACCAACACGUCGUCGUUUUAACUCGUUACAUCCGCGACGAUUACCGCGACCGGCGUCGCUUCCGCCUCUGCGUCUCCACCACCGCCGCGGUCCUGUUCCUCUCCGCCGCCGUGUUCUUCCUCUUUCCGUCCGACCCGGCCCUAAGCCUGGCCCGGAUCCAGCUCAACCACGUCGCCGCCCACUCGUCGCCGAAGCUGACGCUGGACGUGUCGUUCUCGCUGACGAUCAAGGUCCGGAACCGCGACUUCUUCUCUCUGGACUACGACUCGCUGCGGGUCAGAGUCGGCUACCGGGGGAGAGAGCUGGGGUUCGUGAGCUCCGCCGGCGGGCGCGUGAGGGCGAGAGGCGCGUCGUACGUGAACGCCACGCUCGUGGUGGAUGGGCUGGAGGUCAUUCACGACGUGUUCUACUUGCUUGAGGAUUUGGCUAGGGGUGUGAUUCCCUUUGAUACUAAUUCAGAGGUGGAUGGAACUGUUGGACUGUUCUUCUUCGAUAUUCCUAUCAAGGGGAGAGCUUCGUGUGAGGUGUAUGUGAGCACAAAUAAUCAGACAGUUGUUCGUCAAGAUUGUUACCCUGAGUGAAGAGGUUGAAAUCAAGGUGUUGAAAGCUGAAUUAGAGUUUAACAACUUGUAGAGAAUGACCAUGUACUAUAUGGGUAAAAUGCUUUGGUGUGCAAUCUACAGCUUAUUAAUUCAUUGUGUAUUCAACAAUCAUGGUAUAUAAAUUGAAUUUCAUUUCGUGUUGCUGGAAAUUAUUUUAUCUUUUUUUGUUACUGAGAUGAAGGAAAGUAAGCAAAAUAAUGUAUGUCAAUGUGUGAUGUAUUGAAUGCAGAACAUGAAUGUCAGUAUGAUAUAAUCCAAAUCAAAAUCUACUUAGUUUCA